AUGAACCUGAUGGAGUUCCCUCCAAAGUAUGCUUUCGGACCUAAACAGCAGGUGGAUGACGCCGCAACCAGCCCGAACAACUCCUCCUGGAGCAGAGACCUGGAGGACGGUGUGCGCACCGAGCAUCUGGUGAUGGGCUCCCCGAGGUACUACAGCCGCGGGACGCACGGACACAGCAGGUCCAAACGGAGGAGGAUCAUCACCGUGGUCCAGCGGCAGGCGGCCAACGUGCGGGAAAGAAAGCGGAUGUUUAGCCUGAAUGAGGCGUUUGAUGAACUGAGGAGAAAAGUCCCUACAUUCGCCUACGAGAAGAGACUGUCCCGCAUCGAGACGCUGCGCCUCGCCAUCGUCUACAUCUCCUUCAUGACGGACCUGCUGGAGAACACCUGA